UCCUCCUCCAAAACCAGCGCUGAAUGCUGUGUGAAGCACCCAGUGAGGCUAAGACAGUAAAAACUUCCUUGGCAAGGAAGCCCUUUUUACAUCCCACCAGGGACAUCUUCCCAGAGCACGCAGGAAGGCUGCUGGAAUUCCACCUGCAGAAGCAGCUGAUUCACCUCCGCUGGGGGCUGCCCCAGAGGAUCCAGCGCUCCAUGAAUAUGCUGCUCUCCUCAACAGACCCACAGUCCCUGCCCUGUGGCAGCAGUAGCUUACCCAAUGUGAGCAUCUCACAGCCCGGGAAACCAGAGGCCAAUGGGCCUGGUGACAUGUUCUCACUCACAGCGGGCAAAGGGACAAUCCCCAUGCCACACUUGUUUGCCAAGACAAGGGAAAUGUUGAAAAGCCAUGUUGAUUCCAAAUGUGAACAGAUCCGGGAGGGCGAGGUCCCGGCCCAAGUCUGGAAAUCUUGGGAAUGCAAAAUUCCUGGAAGCUUAGCAACAGUGGCUCCCUUCCCUUGGAUUCCACAAGGCCAAUGCAGGAAGUUACAGGCAGAAAGUAAAAGUGACCAGGAGACACAAACCUUAUCUGGUACUCUCUUUGAACACUGUAAGAAGCCCCAAUCCCUGCCUAAGGAAACCAUUAAGAAACUGGAGACAACUUUACAUCAUAAGUAUCUGGCCUUCCUGUCAGGCCUGCCUGCCCUUUACUGUGUAGCUCUCUCUAGGCCUGCAUCCCCAGCAGUCACUAGCCAACCUAGACUCAGAGAGAAGAUGCCCAAAGCUGUCAAAAGCCCAUCAAAUGCUCUGACUCAAAUAACCCCACUUGAGCCCUGCGCUCACGAUGACAGUGGGGUGUCUGCGGACACUGCAGAAGAGUUCCAGCCUGGAGCAGAGGCGGACAGAAGGACAGAGAAGGUGCCUGCAGAGAGUCAGCCUCCCCCAUGCAGACCCUACCCAAUAAACACACAUAUCUUGGCCAAACUGAAUUUCCACCUGAAAAAAAAGAUCCUAGCAAUGCAGUUUGGGAUUUCUGAAAAGGAAAAGAGAGAAUACAAGGAGCUGGGUACAGCCGACCUAGAGAGCGAAUCCAUCCAGGAAUUUCUCAGAAGUCUACACAUGUCAGAGAGCACACUGCUUCAGGAACAGCCUGUCGCAUGCCCAUCUCUGCCAGCCCCAAAUGCAAAAGGGGUCCACCCUAAAAAACAGCCAGCUUCUGCAGUACAGGAUGUGUGUCAGGCGCAAAGGCCUCCUCCUUCCAAAGCAGUGCCCCAUAGUUCUGCCCAGCAGAGCUCCAAGGCCUCGCAAUCCCAAAGGGAUAAGACCCAAGUCUGUGUUGACAUGGAAGCUGGAGGGAAAAGGUUCAACGUAGAGAAAUCCAAAGUCGUGGGGGACCUUGGAGAAGGGGACGCAGGUCUUGGGUUUUCCCUGGUCGGUCAAAAGACACGCCAGGAUGGAGAGCAGGAGAAGAGGCUCCUGCACAGACCACUCCAGGGCUCCUCACAACAGGGUCACACCUUUCAUCUUGAGGAUGCCUGUCCACACAGUCCCCGGGAGUCCCCUGAGCUCCAGUUCCCAGACCCACCUCCAGAAGUCUUCAUGGAGACAGACUCUGAGCAGGACAUGGAAGACAGUCAAAGCGAGGAAUCCAUUGUCCCAGAACCUGAAAUUCUUUUUUCACUCUAUUAACCCCAAGAUGAAGAGCAAAGCACACACGGAGCCAUCCACGGUCUCUACACCUGGAAAGGUGGCCAAAACCAGUAAAGAAAAUGUUGAUAGGGGUCUGCCUCAUGCCAAGAGCCCCACCAAGAAAACUAAGCCAGAGGACUCCAGAGGGCCCAAGGCCCAGUUUUCGUCCUCUGAGAAGUCAGUGAUGGCCUCCUUAUUAACUGCUCCCCAUAUUGUAGACAGUAAGCUCCGGCCUCGCUCCCGGCAGCUUGGCUCUGUCUCAAUAUUAGGCAACUCCCGCCAUUGCCCUCGGCACUGUCCUAGGUUGGCUUAUGCCACUCACCACAGAAACCUACCCUAGCUCCCAGGGUUUACUUCAGAAAUGCUCUUCUGGUAUUGGAGACCGCCCUGCAUGGUGACAGUUUCUAGGCUCCCCAACCUCUGUAUCCCUUUAAGAGCACAGCAUUGUCAUUUUCUUUGAUGAACAGGUAGGGACUGCACUACCCAAAAUGUAUUUUCUAUCUCCGAA